GGUUUCGCAACAUUCCAUCAUUUACAUACUCAGGAUGCGUUCACUUCUGUCGAACUGGCCGCUCUGGCUAGGUUCUCUGGCUCACGCGGCAGCCGAGCAAAAUGACGCGCCCACAGUUUCACAAAGUACUAUCACCGGCGUCGCUGGCCCGAUCGGACAAAAUGCAACACCUCUGCCGAAUAUCACAAAUCCAUACGUUAAGCCUGCCAAGCCAAAUGGACUGGAUACGGAACAGCCAAACAUGAUAUUAUUCAUGCCCGAUCAGCUCAGAUACGAUGCUGUUGGCGCCUUUGGAAGCCAAGUAGCAAAGACCCCAAACAUCGAUGCAUUUGCGGCCGAGGCGUAUCUCUCUCCAAGAGGCGAUUUCUACGCCGAGAAUGCUACUGAACUUGGUGUCAACGAAUAUGGCUUCCUUACGGAAUUGACUCUACCCGACUUCACCAGAGAAAGCUUCAAGGGAGACCAAAAUGACAUAUGGAACCGCCUGUUCUACUUGGGCAAGCGCAACGAGACAGAAGCGAUUGACUAUGAUGCUGCAAUGAUUAGAGGAAUGGUCAGUCGCGUCGAUCACCAGUUCGGUCUUAUCGUGAACAAGACCAAAGAUCUCGGUCUGUGGAACAAAACUGUGACGUUCUUCUUUACCGACCAUGGCGAGUUUCUUGGCGACUACGAACUUAUUGAGAAAUGGCCGUCGGGCGUCUCCGACAAUCUCGUACAUGAGCCUCUUAUCGUUGGAGGUGGCGGACUGCCUCGUGGCGUAGUCUUCGAGGAAAUGGCAGAGAUGACGGAUCUGGUUCCAACCAUGCUUCAGCUUGGUACCGUGAACGAGACGUAUGCGCAUUACGGACUGUCAUUGGUCAAUGCUAUCCAUGCUGCAGGACGAGGCGAGAUCAUUCAUCAUCGCAAUUUCUCCUUUACAGAAGGCGGAUUCCUUUUGAGCGACGAACCCGUUCUCGAACAGAGCCCAUUUCCAUACGACAUCAAGGCUGCAUUACAACACAACGACACCGCGCUCGUGGGCCAGGCUCUAGCCGUGAGAAACAGAGAGUGGACAUACGUCUACCGCUUGUACGAGGAAGACGAGCUGUACUCUCGACUGAACGAUGCUCAUGAGCUGCACAAUCUGGCUGCCGAACCAGAAUAUCAGCGCAUUUGCGAUGAGUUUAGGCAGGAAGCUCUCAGGUUUCUAUUCAGCACACCAGCUACCAUGACAUGGUAUGCUGACGAGCGGAAGCCGGACGUGGACUUGUCCAGCCCGUACGAGCAGUACAUUGAGAGGUGCAAGGGCAAUUGCGAGUUCAAUGACAGUUGGCCAACUGUGCUGGAUGCGAAAGAGGAGCUUUGA